AUGACUUUUAUCUGCGUCCUCAUCUGGACUCUCCUCUGCUGCUGCUUCACAGAGUCCAGAGGACAGGUCACAGUGACUCAGCCUGCAGCAGUGACAUCUGAUCUGGGACGAACCGUCACCAUCACAUGUAAAACCAGUCAGAAUGUUUAUUAUGUUAGUGUACAUGAAUCAUAUUGGUACCAACACAGGAACGGAGAAUCUCCCAAGUUACUCAUAUACGCUGCUAGCAGCAGAGUAUCAGGGAUUCCAGGUCGUUUUACAGGCAGUGGAUCAAACUCUGACUUCACUCUGACCAUCAGUGGAGUUCAGGCUGAAGAUGCUGCCGUUUAUUAUUGUCAAGGUAACCAUAUGAUAAACGGUCGGCGUGUGUUCACACACGUAGAGGAAGAUUCCUCUGUGUCUGACUCCUCCUCUAAUACAACCUCAUCAGAAGAGGGCAAGAAGAAGAGGAGGAAGGAGGGGCUUUUGAUGACUUUGAUCUGCGUCCUCAUCUGGACUCUCCUCUGCUGCUGCUUCACAGAGUCCAGAGGACAGGUCACAGUGAAUCAGCCUGCAGCAGUGACAUCUGAUCUGGGACGAACCGUCACCAUCACAUGUAAAACCAGUCAGAGUGUUUAUUAUAACGGUGCACGCUAUUUUUUAGCCUGGUACCAACAGAAAGAUGGACAAGCUCCUAAACUCCUCAUAUACUAUGCUACCAGCAGAGCAUCAGGGAUUUCAGGUCGUUUUACAGGCAGUGGAUCAAACUCUGACUUCACUCUGACCAUCAGUGGAGUUCAGGCUGAAGAUGCUGCAGUUUAUUAUUGUCAGAGUGCUCAUUACAUCAACAGUCAGUGGGUGUUCACACAGUGA